CGGCCGCCGCGGCGACAGCGGCGCUCCGGGUCCCGCCCGAUACCCGCCGGUGCCCGAGUCCCCGCCCUGCCGCCCGGUGCCGAGCGCCGGCAGACGCUGUKGGCCGGCCGGCAGCCGGCGGGCGCAUGUUCCCGGUCGGGAUCGGCGCGCCGGCGGUGAGCGCGGGCGAGCAUGGCCGCGCCCGGGUCGGAGAAGAGCAGCAAGAAGAAGACGGAGAAGAAGCUCGCCGCCCGCGAGGAGGCGAAGCUGCUCGCCUCCUUCAUGGGCGUCAUGAACGCCAUGCGCAAGCAGAAAACUCUGUGUGAUGUCAUUCUUAUGGUUCAAGAAAGGAAGAUCCCGGCUCACCGUGUUGUGCUUGCUUCAGCCAGUCAUUUUUUUAACUUGAUGUUUACUACAAAUAUGAUUGAAUCAAAGUCCUUUGAAGUGGAGCUAAAAGAUGCAGAGCCUGAUAUAAUUGAACAGCUUGUGGAGUUUGCUUAUACUGCAAGAAUCUCAGUUAACAGCAAUAAUGUCCAGUCUUUACUAGAUGCAGCAAACCAAUAUCAGAUUGAACCUGUGAAAAAAAUGUGUGUGGAUUUUUUAAAAGAACAAGUUGAUGCUUCCAACUGUCUUGGCAUAAGUGUGCUAGCAGAAUGCCUAGACUGCCCAGAACUGAAAGCCACUGCCGAUGACUUCAUCCAUCAGCAUUUCACUGAGGUUUACAAGACAGAUGAGUUUCUUCAGCUUGAUGUUAAGCGUGUGACACAUCUCCUGAACCAAGAUACACUGACAGUGAGGGCAGAAGACCAGGUUUAUGAUGCAGCAGUCAGAUGGCUGAAGUAUGAUGAGCCAAAUCGCCAGCCGUUUAUGGUUGAUAUUCUUGCUAAAGUCCGGUUUCCUCUUAUAUCAAAGAACUUCUUAAGUAAAACAGUUCAGGCUGAACCACUUAUUCAGGAUAACCCAGAAUGCCUUAAAAUGGUGAUCAGUGGCAUGCGAUACCACCUCCUUUCCCCAGAAGACCGAGAAGAGUUGGUGGAAGGUACCCGGCCAAGAAGAAAAAAACAUGAUUAUCGCAUUGCUUUGUUUGGAGGCUCUCAGCCCCAGUCCUGCMGAUAUUUUAAUCCCAAGGAUUACAGCUGGACAGACAUCCGAUGUCCCUUUGAAAAGCGCAGGGAUGCAGCUUGUGUCUUCUGGGACAACGUAGUUUAUAUUUUGGGUGGUUCCCAGCUCUUCCCUAUAAAGCGAAUGGACUGCUACAAUGUGGUGAAGGAUAGCUGGUAUUCCAAGCUAGGACCUCCAACACCUCGAGAUAGCCUUGCAGCCUGUGCUGCUGAGGGCAAAAUUUAUACAUCUGGUGGUUCAGAAGUGGGCAAUUCUGCACUGUAUUUAUUUGAAUGCUAUGACACGAGAACAGAGAGCUGGCACACAAAGCCCAGCAUGCUGACUCAGCGAUGCAGCCAUGGAAUGGUGGAGGCGAAUGGGCUCAUUUAUGUAUGCGGAGGGAGCCUGGGAAACAAUGUUUCUGGAAGAGUCCUGAAUUCCUGUGAAGUUUAUGAUCCAGCCACAGAAACGUGGACUGAGCUGUGUCCGAUGAUUGAAGCCAGGAAGAAUCAUGGGCUGGUGUUUGUAAAGGACAAAAUAUUUGCUGUGGGUGGACAAAACAGUUUAGGUGGCCUUGAUAAUGUAGAAUAUUACGAUAUCAAGAUGAAUGAAUGGAAGAUGGUGUCUCCAAUGCCAUGGAAGGGUGUAACAGUCAAGUGUGCUGCUGUGGGAUCUAUAGUCUAUGUCCUGGCUGGUUUUCAGGGUGUUGGUCGCUUAGGGCACAUUCUUGAAUAUAACACUGAAACAGACAAGUGGAUAGCCAACUCCAAAGUCCGCGCUUUCCCAGUGACAAGUUGUUUAAUCUGUGUUGUAGACACUUGUGGGGCAAAUGAAGAAACUCUAGAGAUCUGAAGACCUGUGGAAGAUGCCAAGGCGUUCUUCAAGGACUUGKGAAAACAUGGUUAUUGGUGCUUUGCUUCCAUGUUUUACUGAAUCAUGUUAAAUUUAAUAAUAGGAAAAAAAUGAGAUGCAGUCUUCAAUUUGUAUAUACAGCAUAUUGUAUAAUGUGGAUUUUUUUCAUGCCCAGUUUCUUGUCUGUUUAAAAGAGAUGGGGUUUUGAGAAUCCACUUACCAAGGUGAUAUCACAUGUCAUCUUCCUUCAAAAGGACUGUGGUUGUGGCCUUGUCAAAUAGAGACCAAAUCCAAACAUUUAGAAUGCCUCCAAAGCAUUUGAUGAAGAAAAGAUUUCUACUUAAAUAACAUUUUACCAAGAUCAGGUGCAGAG